AUGGGUUCUAUCAUUGUUUUUGUUGCCCGGGCCAGUCCUCAAGAAGCUUCUGAUCAAAAGCUUGCGCGAGACAGACUGCGCGAAUCUCUAAAUCUGGUCAUCCAAAACUACGAGCACUUCUAUGGUUGCACUUGUCAAUCUCCUCGCUUCUACACUUUCAUCCACGAUUCUGAUCAGCCACUGCGUUCUGGGGGAUCCGUAUUCCAAUAUUUUGCCAACUUACUGGAUGAAGGUCAAGACAAAGGCUGUGAUGUGACUCUCGUUCUGAACGGCUGGGACACCCUGACUGUCGAUAAGAUGACAUUUGUCCGGUUGUUUGGCCAUGUUUCGGCUUUUGACAUCGACGUGAACGUUAAGGUCUUCGUUAAUCAAGCUGGAUCAACCAACCCUUCCCAAUUCUUCAAUAUCAACCCUACUGAAGCCUGUGCCCUUCUCACUGGUGACCUUGAUCCGACAAGAGAUGUUUAUUCCGAUGACGAUACACGGUUUUUUAUUCAUACCAUCAACAACAUCAGCGCUGAUAUGUACCUACGGAACCAUUCAGAAGAGGAGGUCCGACGGCUAUUGAUCGGGGAUGAAACACGCAACGACUAUCCUGGGUGGUCCGGGUCCCGCCAUUAA